AUGAGUAGAGAUGUUUAUCCUAAUUUUUACGAGCUAAAGAACUCUUCGAAUGCUUAUGAGCUGAAGAGUUCAUCCUUGGUUUAUGAGCUUAUUCUAACUCUACUCAAGCAACUGCUCAAGCUACCUGAGAUCAAUGCUGAGGAGUCUUACAUCUUUGUAUGCUCUUAUGUUCUUGCUUUGUAUUCUGUCUUUUCCCCUUCUACUACAAACAGGUCUUUAGCCAUUUAA